UCAUUCUCGGCCUUCUGGAAUGCUUCAAAAUUUGUGGCUUAAAUUUGGGGACCAAGAAUAAUAUGCCAUGGCUGGAGCACCUGGAGUGAAGGAGAAGCUGAAUCUUAUUGUUGGCGGCGAUAUCUGUGAGGUUUACCGCGAUGAAUUCAAUUGCGGAUCCUUUGGUUUCUGGUGGGGAGUCAUCGGUAUAGCCGUCUUCAUACUCUUUCUGGCUUACUUUCAUCUUAACCGGGAUCGAAUAAGUCCAAGCGAAUGAUCUGGGGAACCUACAUAUCUGGGUGAUUGUGAUAAAUAAAAAGUCAUUUGAGUCACUGUAA